AUGCGAGGGAAGUAUCACAUUCCAGCACUUCGACUAUCGUGCAAUUCCAAGCUUCUUGCGCUGCGCAUCCCGCUCACUGACAUGACUCGUCUACCAAAUGACAUUCCACCACGAGGCAGCGGCAGCAUAUCCCACAAGUUGAGGAAUCGUCUAUUUCCGCCUGAGGAACGGCGACCCUCUUCUCGCCUCCGCGAUUCGAAGCUAGGAGAGUCAGUGGCACUCGCCAGCCUCAAGCAAACCUCGGCUCGUAUCGCCUCCUCCCCCUCUGCCGCUCAUGGCGCCACUUCGCCCGCCGCGCUCCUGACUGUCGCCGCGCGCGUCUUAUCGCCGUCGCGCGCGCACUCCUCGUCGCCCGCCUCGCUGCCCGAGCGCGCUGUGUUUGAAGGCGAGCGGCUCACGGGGGCGGAUGGAGAGAGCGGCGGUGACGCCCCGGGGGCGGAUUUGCCGAGUCGGCGCAUGAAUGUGUUCACGGCGGUGAAUGACGCGCUCUUCAUCGCACUCGACUCCGACCCCAGGUCGUUCGUGUUCGGCGAGGACGUGGGCUUCGGAGGUGUCUUCCGCUGCACCUCGGGACUCUCGGAGCGGUUCGGCCGCCACCGAGUGUUCAACACGCCGCUCUGCGAACAGGGCAUAGCGGGCUUCGCCGUGGGCCUCGCUGCCAUGGGCAACACGGCCAUAGCGGAGAUCCAGUUCGCCGACUACAUCUUUCCUGCCUUCGACCAGAUCGUGAACGAGGCGGCCAAGUAUCGCUACCGCAGUGGCAACCAGUUCAACUGCGGAGGGCUGACAAUCCGAGCGCCAUAUGGGGCGGUGGGGCACGGGGGGCACUACCACUCGCAGUCGCCAGAGGCCUUCUUCUGCCACGUGCCAGGCCUCAAGGUGGUGGUGCCACGAGGGCCCGUGCAGGCCAAGGGGUUGCUGCUGUCCGCCAUCCGCGAUGCCAACCCCUGCAUCUUCCUCGAACCCAAGUGGCUGUACCGCCUGGCAGUGGAGCCCGUGCCCCUGCAUGACUACAUGCUACCGCUCUCCACCGCUCAGGUAGUGCGGGAGGGCACGGAUGUCACAGUGGUGGGAUGGGGGGCGCAGCUCGCGGUGUUGCUGCGAGCAGCAGAGGAGGCUGCCCAGGUGGGCAUAUCGUGUGAGGUCAUCGACCUGCAGACGCUGCUGCCCUGGGAUGCUGCCACCGUCGAAGCCUCCGUCAGCAAAACCGGCCGCCUCCUGGUGAGCCACGAGGCGCCUGUGACGGGUGGGUUCGGAGCGGAGAUAGCGGCCACCAUCACCCACCGCUGCUUCCUCCGGUUGCAAGCUCCAGUGGCACGUGUAUGCGGGCUGGACACACCCUUCCCGCUUGUGUUUGAGCCUUUCUACCUCCCAACGCAGGACAAGAUCGUGGAGGCUUUGAAACAACUCAUCCAGUACUGA